ACAUGAUCUGAAAAGACGGAAGUGCUUCUCCUAAAAGACUCGGCUCCUUCAAACAGCAGAUCAACUGUGUUUUUUACACAUUCAUGGUCAGGAUGACGCAAAAACGUCACCUGGAGGGACAGGUGUACUCUGUACCUCUUAUCCAGUCGGAUCUCAGGAGGGAAGAGGCUGUGCAUCAGAUAACUGAAGCCUUGCAGUAUCUGGAGACCAUAUCAACAGAUAUCUUUACCAGGGUGUCCCAAAGUGUGGAGAAAAACCGUGCCCAUCUUCAGUCCGUCACAGACAGGAUCAAACUGGCUCAGGCCAGAGUCCAGAAGAUCAAAGGAAGCAAGAAAGCCACAAAGGUCUUCUCCAGUGCCAAAUAUCCCGCUCCAGAAAAACUGCAGGAUUAUUCUUCCAUUUUCACCGGUGCUGUUGAUCCCGCCUCCCAAAAACGGCCUCGCUUUAAAGUUGAGAGCAAGCUCCGCCCACUGGAUGACAAGGCCCUAAAGGAGAAGUCAAUGUAUUUGCCAGUGUACGUGAACAGUAAGCAGCGCUCUGAGGAUGAAAAAGAAGAGGGUUUGGGAAGUUUGCCGAGAAAUGUAAACUCUGUCAGCUCCUUAUUGCUGUUCAACACCACAGAAAACCUCUAUAAGAAAUACGUGUUUCUAGACCCUCUGGCUGGCGCUGUGACUAAAACACACACCACGUUAAAAACUGAAAAGGAGGACAAACCGUUUGACGCACCGCUGUCAAUCACCAAGAGAGAGCAGCUUGAGAGACAGACCGCAGAGAAUUAUUUUUAUGUGCCAGAUCUGGGUCAAGUGCCAGAGAUCGAUGUGCCAUCCUACCUGCCUGACCUGCCCGGCAUCGCAGAUGACCUCAUGUACAGCGCCGACCUCGGCCCGGGGUUCGCCCCAUCCGUUCCUUCCAGUACCAGCAUCCCAGAGCUCCCAUCAUUUGGGACCGAGCACGACGAGUCUAGUGGAUCCGACUCUCAUUUUAGACUUGAAGCUCCUCCUCCACCUCCUCCUCCACCUCCCCCACCAGAGCCCAUCCAUGUGUCAGCACCGCCCCCUGGAUCCUCUCCUGCCGGCCCCCCUCCGCCCCCGCCUCCACCUGCACCAGACAGCACAGGUCAAGCUCCGCCCACAGGUGUGGUGAAAGGUGCCCCCAAUGAAGUGGUCCAGCCAUCUGACGGACGAGCCAGUCUGCUCGAGUCGAUCCGGAAUGCCGGCGGCAUCGGCAGAGCCAAACUCCGUAACGUGAAGGAGCGCAAAAUGGAGAAGAAGAAACAGAAGGAACAAGAGCAAGUUGGAGCAGCGGUCAGUGGUGGAGACCUCAUGUCUGAUCUCUUUAAUAAGUUGGCCAUGCGUAGGAAAGGUAUCUCUGGGAAGGGUCCAGGGGCCGGAGACUCAUCAGAAGCACCCGCCGGCACGGGUGGAGCGUUUGCCAGGAUGUCAGAUGUGAUCCCGCCCCUUCCAGCACCACAGCAACCAGCUGCAGAUGAAGAUGACUGGGAAGCGUAACCAUGGUGACCCAGAGUCAGAUGGUUUAGUUUAGCUGGUGUAAAACUCAAAGACUUUUAUUGAGCCGCAGGAAGAUAUUGUCCAUCCAAGGACAGCUGUGGAUGAUUUACACUGUGUACAUAUUGUAAAGGACAGAAAAGUAAGAUCUAACCAGAAGGAUUAUCCUGAAAAUGAAUUGAUUCAUGAAUGCGAUUAAUUUUCAGCUAAGUCUCAAAGGUGCUAAAUGUUUGCACACAUUUAUAAAGGUCUGAAAGUCUACAUCAUGUUUAAUUUGAUGUGAAACUAACUAAGUAGUACAGUCCUGUCAAUAGAUAGAGUACUGUAAUAAUUUCUUAGAUCAUGUGAAAUUGUUACAAGCCUUUAAAACGGAGAACAAUUUGCAAAGUCUAUAUCCCUGCAUCAGAUCAUCAUAGAUUCAUGGGGGAUUUAAUGUUUUAUAGCGCAGUAAAGACCUAACAACAAUACAACACAUUUUUCUGUAAAUAUAUUUGAAAAACAUAACUGUGCAAUUGAAAUGAACUGCAUUGAGUUUUUACACUAUUUACACAGAAAUUCAUAUUCAUAACAAGAAUAUACAUCAUCAACAUCGAAAACAUCUAGUCAACUCCAGAAUUCAUAUUUCAUCAAGUGAGGACUGAAAAGUGAAUAUAAAGAAUGUAUUUUGUAAUUUUUACAUUGUAUAAAACACUCAUCUCCUGCAUUCUGCAGCUUUAGUACAGAAAAAAUAAACUCAUUGUUUAACUCGA